GGCGUGUGUGAGGGCAGUGAUGGUUUUGUUUUGGCUGAAUCGAGCUGCGCAGACUUUUCUUCUACCUGUUUGUAGUAUUCACAAUCAUUAGCGAUGUAGAUAGUCUGUCCUAUAAGUGCUUUUUAUUUUUUAUUGUAGUUAAAAUUUGUAAAAUGGGUUUGAUAUCUGGCUGCUGUAGUUUCUGGUAACUGGUUUCAAACCAACAAUUAACUAGCUUGCUUGCUAGCAAGCUAGCGAUAGCUAGUUGGCUAAGUUAGCUUACUCUGCACUAGCUACCCACACAAUUUUGCUUGUUAGACAAGUAAAUUAGCUAGCAAGCUUGCUAAUUUGCCGACGUUUUCCGUCUUGGCAUAGCGUAGCAGAGAUAUUUAUUGUGCAUUCCGUAUCUUGUUAUGCUGCACUUGAAUGUCAUGGUUUCCGAGAACCAUGUCUUGUAAAUCCAAAGUUGCCCCGAGUGUUGACUUUGACCACAGCUGUUCGGACAGCGUUGAAUACCUAACACUAAACUUUGGUCCUUUCGAAACUGUCCAUCGCUGGAGACGACUUCCACCGUGUGACGAAUUUGUGGGUGCAAGACGCAGUAAGCACACAGUCGUGGCAUAUAGGGAUGCGAUUUAUGUGUUCGGGGGAGACAAUGGGAAGAACAUGCUGAAUGAUUUGCUGCGUUUCGACGUGAAAGACUGCUCUUGGUGCAGAGCUUUUACAACCGGCACACCCCCUGCACCAAGGUACCACCAUUCUGCUGUGGUCUAUGGGAGUAGCAUGUUCGUUUUUGGCGGCUACACAGGGGACAUCUACUCCAACUCCAAUCUGAAGAACAAAAACGACUUGUUUGAGUACAAAUUUGCCACAGGCCAGUGGGCUGAGUGGAAAGUGGAGGGCAGGUUGCCGGUUGCCAGAUCAGCACAUGGGGCCACAGUCUACAACGAUAAGCUCUGGAUUUUUGCCGGAUAUGAUGGAAAUGCCAGGUUAAAUGACAUGUGGACCAUCAGUCUUCAGGAUCGGGAGCAAGCGUGCUGGGAGGAGAUUGAGCAGAGCGGGGAGAUCCCACCGUCCUGCUGUAACUUCCCCGUGGCUGUGUGUCGGGACAAGAUGUUCGUGUUCUCCGGACAGAGCGGCGCCAAGAUCACCAACAACCUCUUCCAGUUUGAGUUCAAGGGCAACAUGUGGACCCGCAUCCCUACGGAGCACCUCCUCCGAGGCUCCCCCCCGCCACCCCAGAGGCGCUACGGGCACACCAUGGUGGCGUUUGACCGCCACCUCUAUGUUUUCGGAGGGGCAGCCGACAACACCCUGCCCAACGAGCUGCACUGCUACGACGUGGACUCCCAGACCUGGGAGGUGAUCCAGCCCAGCCUGGACAGCGAGGAUCCCCUUGGCAACGAGAUGACUUCAUCUCAAGGGUUUAUCCUGAUGCCCAGCGGGCGGCUCUUCCACGCCGCGGCGGUGAUCCAUGACGCCAUGUACAUCUUCGGCGGGACCGUGGACAACAACGUGCGCAGCGGGGAAAUGUACCGCUUCCAGUUUUCGUGCUACCCGAAAUGUACGCUCCAUGAAGACUACGGCAAACUGUGGGAGAACCGGCAGUUCUGUGACGUGGAGUUCAUCCUGGGGGAGAGGGAGGAACGUGUGCUGGGCCACAUCGCCAUAGUGACGGCCCGGUGCCGAUGGCUGAGGAAGAAGAUCUUGCAGGCGAGGGAGCGGCAGAAGCAGAGGAGCAGGCCGGAGGGCGGCGAGGAGAGCGAGGAGGGGGCGACGGGCGGUCAGAAGGAGGUUCCCGCGGCGACCAGGCCCUCGGGGUCCCAGCCCAUGCUGGAGGUCAGCAUUCGCGAGGCGGAGGCCCAGCCCUUCGAGGUGCUGAUGCAGUUUCUGUACACGGACAAGAUCCAGUACCCCCGCAAAGGUCACGUUCAGGAUGUCCUCCUGAUCAUGGACGUCUAUAAGCUUGCCCUGAGUUUCAAGCUGUCCCGCCUGGAGCAGCUGUGCGUGCAGUACAUCGAGGCGUCGGUGGACCUGCAGAACGUUCUGAGCGUGUGCGAGAACGCCAGUAAGCUCCAGCUGGACCAGCUCAAGGAGCACUGCCUUAACUUCGUGGUGAAGGAGACGCACUUUAACCAGGUGAUCAUGACCAAGGAGUUCGAGCACCUCUCCACCCCGCUCAUCGUGGAAAUCGUCCGCCGGAAACAGCAGCCGCCCCCGAGGGUGUACUCGGACCAGCCCGUCGACAUCGGAACGUCCCUGGUGCAGGAUAUGAAGGCCUAUCUGGAAGGGGCGGGGCUUGAGUUCUGUGACAUCACCCUGCUUUUGGACGGACACCCUCGGCCCGCCCACAAAGCCAUCCUAGCUGCCCGCUCCAGCUACUUCGAGGCCAUGUUCCGAUCCUUCAUGCCCGAGGACGGCCAGGUGAACAUCUCCAUCGGGGAGAUGGUGCCCAGCAAGCAGGCCUUCGAGUCGAUGCUACGCUACAUCUACUACGGGGACGUCAACAUGCCCCCGGAGGACUCUCUUUACCUGUUUGCAGCUCCGUAUUACUACGGCUUCUCCAACAACAGGCUGCAGGCCUACUGCAAGCAGAACCUGGAGAUGAACGUUACCGUGGAGAACGUCCUGCAGAUCCUGGAAGCCGCGGAUAAGACCCAGGCCCUGGACAUGAAGAAGCACUGCCUGCACAUAAUCGUCCAUCAGUUCAUCAAGGUGUCCAAGCUCCCCAACCUGAAGUCGCUGAGCCAGCUGCUGCUGCUGGACAUCAUCGAGUCUCUAGCCGCCCACAUUUCGGACAAACAGUGCGCCGAGAUGGGUGCCGAUAUUUAGCAGGUUCUUGUGUUCGCACUCACCCUGAAUACCCCGGCUGGAUGUAUCUGGUUUCACCUGAAAGGCUGGCCAUUGUUCGCCGAGAUGGU